GACUGGACCCGCUGCCUGACGAACUUCACGUGCGUGCCGCACAGGUACCGCAACAGGAAUCUCGUGCAGAUGUUCGGGCAGUCCAUCGGGCUGAGGACCUAUCCGGUGCACCUCAGCCACAUCAUCGUCGGGAACUUGCCCUGCGACGCCAGGGGCGACUUCUACCUGGACGUCGAGAACGACCUAAACCCGGCCAUGGUGACCAGCGUGGCAGAGGGCGCGAACCCGAGGAUUGUGAAGUUCCCUGAGGUCUUCACGAUCCGCGUUCGCAGGCAGCUGCUGAGGUCAUGGGUGACCAUUUCGGUGAAGGACCUGAACAUUGUUGGCUCCGAGAAGCUGUGCUCCCUGAGCGUUUCUCACGCCAAGCUGCUGGAGUGGGCAGCAGAAGGGGGGACACGGCGGCUCGAAAUGAAGGUUGCAACGUAUGAUGAGUUCGAGUCGCCUCCAUGGAUCAUGUUCGAAGUUGCUUUCCCUGAGGAGAUCGCAGAUGCAGAUGAGCUCGUGGCAGAAAACCACGUGCUGAUCAGCGACGAUUCCAUACAAGGCCAGCCUUCGACAACCCAUAUUGACAACCCCAAUGGCACCGUCAGCCUUACUCAUUCGCGAUCUUUCUUCAUGAGGGAGGCCUCGCUGUCCGAGGUAAAGGCGCUGUAUCCUCUCAAGAAUGCAUCUGGCCACAGGGUGGAUGAGCCUGACGAAGAGGUGCUUUUCCAGUUCCACAAAGAGAGAAGACGGAUCGAUGCCUGUUUAUGCCUGCUCGUCACUGUCGUGCUGUCAACUGUGCUAGUAUAUUGGUGUUUCCGUUCUUUCGCCAUGGCUUGCCACAACCAGAUGAAGCUCAUGCUUGUGCAACAAACGAUCGAUAACGGAACGGUGGAGCUGUCGAAUGCCGUCACCGCGCGCAUGGCCCGAUUUGAUUAUAUAGAAAAGUUAUGUGCAAAGAACGAGACUCAAGGUUUGGACCGUCUUGGAGACAAGUGCAACCCAUAUAUGUCGUCCGUUAAAAAGUUCUGCCGCCAAAUACCGAUGCAGAAUCGCCCAUGUGCGUACGAACAUGCCAUAUGGAAGCACACUGGCACGCCCGUUGCGCUUCCCUUCUUCAGAUGCUUUCGAUGCACAGAAGUCCAGUGGGACAUGUACGACAGGUCGGCUGAACUGAUCACCAUUGCAUUGCUCGUCGGCUUGGUUGUGUGCCACCAGCUGGCGCACUGUUACAAGCAGCACGAGAUCGCGCUCUGGCGGGAGGAGCACAACGGGAAGAAGCUCGACGUGCUGUCGAGGCUGAACAGAUCUUCAUCGUCGCGCCGCCCCGGCCCUAGCGUGCAGGGCCCUGGACGCGCACGCCAUGGGGCGUUCAAGCGCGGGUUGAUGAUUGGGGGCGUGUGGACAGGAAUGGCCCAGGCCAUGACACCUCCUGGGUUUCGUGGCCCCCGUUUCUUUCACCACGUCCCCUGAUUCCCCGCCGUCCGCGAAAGUGCCUCGGGCCUCCAUUUUCCCCCGCACCCAGGAGGAGG